AUGCCUCGGAGGCACAAGAACAAGUUCCAUGCCCGCGGGAAAUGCCACCAGGUCCGGGGGGACACUCAGGAGGCCCAGGCCAGUGCUGCUGCAGCCCCAAAGGAGGAGUGCCCCUCCUCCCCUUCUUCUGCCCCUCAGGGUUCUCCCCUGAGCUCCCCUGCUGCUGGAGAUCCCCAGGAGCUUGAGGGAGCCAUGGCCCCUAGCUCUCCUGAUGCAGGGCCUUCCUGUGCAGGAUCUGAUGAAGCUGCCCAGGGCCCAGAGGAGGAAAGUGCAGGUAGCUCCCAGGCAGCCCCUGCCACUCAGAGCACUCGCAGAGAUCUUCUGGCCAGGAAGGCCAGGAUAGUGGUGGAGUUCCUGCUGGAGAAGUACACCAAGAAGGAGCCCAUCACGCAGAAUGCCCUGAUGAAAAUCGUCAGCAGGAUGUACAGGCAGCACUUCCCUGAGAUCCUCAGUACAGCCCUUGAGCGCCUGGAGCUGGUCUUUGGCCUGGAGAUGAAGGAAGUCGACCGUAGCAGGAACAUCUACACCCUCAUCAGCAAGCUCAACCUCGGGGGAAACGAUUGUCCGAGUGGUGAGGGGGAGCUGCCCAAGUCUGGUCUCCUCAUGGUGCUCCUGGGAGUCGUCUUCAUGAAUGGUAACCGCGCCACCGAGGAGGAGAUCUGGGAAUUCCUCAGUAUGUUGGGGAUCUAUGCUGGGAGGAGGCACUGGAUCUUUGGGGAGCCCAGAAGGCUCAUCACCAAAGAUCUGGUGCAGAAGGAGUACCUGAACUACCGCCAGGUGCCCAAUAGUGAUCCUCCACGCUAUGAGUUCCUGUGGGGCCCGAGAGCUUGUGCUGAGACCAGUAAGAUGAAGGUACUGGAGGUUCUAGCCAAGUUCCACGGUAGGGUCCCUAGUUCCUUCCCAGACCUCUAUGACGAGGCUCUGAGAGAUCAGGCGGAGAGAGCAGGGCUGAGAGGUGCGGCCAGGGCUCCACCCAUGGCUGAAGCCAGUGCCCCUUCCAGGGCCAAGUCCUGCAGCUCCUCCCACAUCUAG